AUGGAUUUAGUUGAUAUUCCUCUCAUGGGAAACAAAUUUAUUUGGUUCAAUCUUGAUGGGAGUGCUUGUAGUAGGUUGGAUCGUUUCUUGAUUUCGGAUUCCCUUCUUGAUUUGUGGAAAGUGAAAGGUAUUAUGGUAGGUGAGAGGUCGUUGUCAGAUCAUUGUCCGAUUUGGUUGGCGGGUAAUUUUGUGGAUCGGGGGCCAAAACCUUUUAAGAUGUUCAAGUGUUGGUUCGAUCAUGAGGAGUUUCUUCCCUUUGUGGAGAAGGAGUGGAAGGCCAUGGACAUCCGUGGCAAAUAUGGAUUCAUUCUUAAGGAGAAGCUCUAUAUUCUUAAAGCUAAGUUGAAAUCUUGGAAUAGGGAGGUGUUUGGUGUGCUCGAUUUAAAUGUGGAUAAAGCGGUUAGUACUCUUAAUGAUCUCGAUUUGUUUGUGGAUAAUGCGGGGAGGGGAGAUUUUUGGAGUGACAUUUUGUCGUCUAAUAGAGUUAAGGCUUCUAAGGAUGUGUGGGAGGCGAUGUUAAGAAGGGAAAGUAUGUUAUGUCAAAAUUCUAGAUGUCGGUGGAUUCAACAAGGGGAUGCUAAUUCUAAAUACUUUCAUUCUUUUAUGCGUGGAAGAUUUAGGAGGAAUAAUAUUGUGAGUCUUAAUUCGGAUGGUGGCCUUUUAGAGGAUGUCGAUGUGAUCAAAGAUGAGGUGUUUGAACAUUUUAAACAUCGGUUUUCGGAGCCCUGUAUGGGUAGACCGGUGUUGGAUGGAGUUGGUUUUAAUGCUUUGUCGGUGGAGGAAAGUAAGAUUCUUGAGGAGUCGUUUUACAUGGAGGAAAUAAAGAACAUCAUCUGGCUUAGUGAUUGUGAGAAAAGUCUGGGUCCGGAUGGUUUCCCGUUGGGGUUCUUUAAGAAGACUUGGAGCUUUGUCAAUAAGGAGUUGUUUUACUUUGUUCAGGAGUUUUAUAGACAGGGUUCUCUUCCUAGAGCGGCUACGGCUUCAUUUUGGGCGCUUAUUCCUAAAGUGGAUUGUCCUUAA